GUUUUUCUUCAGAGCAUGGACAUCAAACGAAAUUUAUACACGUUUGAAUCUCCGACGAACUGACGUGUAUUUUCUCCACACAUCAAUGAGGGUUAUCACAAAUAUUGGUCACCGGUGAUCUUGUUUUCGAGUAAUCAUUAAAAAUUUACCACAAAAUUAUUAAACAAUUGAGGGUUAAACGUGUGAUAAAUCUGUGGACGUGAUAAUCUAAUUUUAUGUCAAGUGAAAUUGACAGAAAAUUGUCGAAAACAGAAUAUUGAAAGCCGAAGUCUCCUGAAUUCCCUGUCAACAUGAGGAUUUUGACGAUAUGUUUUGUUGUUUGUAUUUUUGGAGCGCUGGGCAGUUGCACAAACAAUUCUAGUGUUUUUGUGGCCACCAAUGAGUGGCAGACGGUGAAAAAAGGUCAACCAAUACCCAAAGGUCUCCAUGUGAGGCACAAUUUUCAGACAGGAGAGACGCAGGCAAAAUUAUUAGAAGAAAAUAACGAGACACGAGAGAAUAUUGAUGACAAGAAAAUGAAAUCUCUCUCUCUACAUUCGGACGCAGUUCUUCAUGAUGCAGCUAAUGAUCUUGUUUUAUCUAUUGAUGAGUUGAAGCAAAAACUGAAAAAAAUAAAAUUGGAGACUGGUGAAGUUAACUCAUUGGAACAUCAGGAAGAGAUCAAGAAGGCCUUCCGGAGUUAUGAAGAGAUAAAAGAAGACUUCAAAGACUUGGAGAUGAACAUAACAACUGAUUCAGAAAUUGUGACUAAUAUUUUUAAUAAAUUUAAGACCUAUGAGAAGUCUCUGGCGUCAGGAAUACUCAUAAAGUCCGAAGCUGAUGCAAUACUCCAGAUUUUUAACGAUCUUGAGUUUUUAUUACAUCAGGUCGAUAAUGCACAGUUGUUUGCUGAUUUAGGAGGAAUGGAAAAAAUAAUAUCCCCUUGUCUAAACAUAACAAAUGAUGACGUGAAGGUCGAAGCCCUGAUAGUUUUGGGAACGGCAGUCCAAUCAAACCCCAAAGUACAGUUGAGGGCGAUGAACGCUGACCUAGUGCAAAAGCUCUUGCACAUAAUGACAGUUGCGGUCUGGAGUCCGCUGCAGUCACGCUGCAUGUUUGCCCUGGGGGCCCUGGUGCGUCAAUUUCCAGCCGCUCAGAAGGUUCUCAUUGACCACGGCGGCCUCGAGAUAUUCGGUAAAAUCUUGGAGGAUGGAGACGUUCAGGUCGAGCUUCGGGUCAUGAAACUCAUCACCGAUCUUGCUAUUGAACGAGAGAACAUAAAAAAAACCGAAGACGAGAACCUCAGGAGUAUGAUGAACCGGGAGUACACGAGGACUGAGUUUGAGAAGAAAUUGUUACUGCAUAAUUAUUGCAAAUAUCUGUCCAGUUUAAUCACUGAAAAUUACAAAGAGGCAACGAUGACCCCGGAAUUCCUGGAGACUGCUCUUGAGAACAUGAUCAGAUUGAGUGGAACGUGUGGGGAGGAGUUCAAAAAUCCGGAGAAUUCUUUAUUUGACGUUGUUAAGGGGCUAGUCGGGGAUUAUGGAACUGUGGAGGGCGAAGCUAAUGCUGAUGAAGUGGAAAUCAGGGAGAAUCUAUCCAAACUGAUAUUGAGGCUGAGGUCUCUUGUGUUUGGUGAUGUUCACGAUGAAUUGUAAAUUGUUUAAUGGUAACGAGGGCGGGAUGUUUUUAUGGUGAAUAAAUUUUUGAUUUAUUUAUAAUGAAAGAA